AGGCAUACGGCCUCCUGUGGUGAAUGGCCCGAUGCCGGCACGGCCACUGGUUGCGCUCCUGGAUGGACGGGAUUGCACUGUGGAGAUGCCCAUCUUGAAGGAUGUUGCUACGGUGGCAUUCUGUGACGCUCAGUCAACUCAGGAAAUCCAUGAAAAGGUGCUGAAUGAGGCGGUAGGAGCUCUGAUGUAUCACACCAUCACCCUUUCUCGUCAGGAUCUGGAGAAAUUUAAAGCCCUCAGGGUCAUUGUGCGUAUUGGCAGUGGCUAUGACAAUGUUGACAUCAAAUCCGCUGCAGAAUUAGGCAUUGCAGUUUGCAACAUCCCUUCCUCCUCAGUAGAGGAGACAGCGGACUCCACCCUCUGCCACAUCUUGAACCUCUAUCGCCGUGUUACUUGGCUGCAUCAGGCCAUGCGGGAAGGGAAUCGAGCCUCCAGCGUAGAGCAGAUUCGAGAGGUGGCUGGAGGCGCUGUGCGUAUCCGUGGGGAGACUUUGGGCAUCAUUGGACUAGGCCGAGUUGGACAGGCAGUGGCUCUGCGAGCCAAGUCCUUUGGCUUCAACGUGAUUUUCUAUGACCCCUAUCUGCCGGAUGGAGUGGAGCGAUCCUUGGGUUUACAGCGAGUAGGAACCCUGCAGGAUCUACUAAUGCACAGCGAUUGCAUCACAUUGCACUGCAGCCUGAAUGAACAUAACCAUCACCUCAUCAAUGACUUCACUAUUAAACAGAUGCGCCAGGGCUGCUUCUUAGUGAACACAGCCCGGGGCGGGCUGGUGGAUGAGAAAGCCUUAGCACAAGCCCUGAAAGAGGGGAGGAUCAGAGGAACAGCACUGGAUGUGCACGAGUCUGAGCCUUUCAGCUUUGCUCAGGGGCCCUUAAAAGAUGCACCCAAUGUAAUCUGCACCCCUCACACUGCCUGGUACAGCGAGCAGGCUUCCAUCGAGUCCAGGGAAGACGCCGCCAAGGAGAUCCGCAGAGCUAUUACAGGUCACAUACCUGAUGCUCUGAGGAACUGUGUCAAUAAGGAGUACUUGCUGUUAGCAGCUCAGUGGUCCAGUAUCGAUCCUGCCACUGUCCACCCAGAACUCAACGGAGCUGCAGCUUACAGGUUUCCCCCAGGAGUAGUGGGAGUAGCCCCCCCUGGGCUGCCAGAACCAGCGGGAGUGGAAGGGAUUGUAGCUCACGGGAUCCCGUCGGUUUCUCACUCUGCACCGCGUACCCCUUCCCCAGGAGAGACGAGCAAACUGGAUGCCGACAGAGAGAUUCCCGCUGACCAAUAGCACCAUCUUCCUCCCCUCUGGCAGCAGAAAAA